CAUUCAAUCUCUCUCUCUCUCUCUCUCUCUCUCCUUUGUUUCUGCCCAACUAUGCCUGCUCCAGUGAUGCCUGAAAUAACCCAUCAAGGAAUCCAUGUUCUAGGCAGGGAUAACAGUUCUUCCUUCCCUAGAAAGUUGGAAGGUAAAAUUGCAAUUAUCACCGGCGGCGCCGGAGGGAUUGGAGAGGCAACAGUGAGGCUUUUUGCUAGACAAGGAGCCAAAGUUAUCAUUGCUGAUGUUGAGGAUUCAUUAGGAACUGUUCUUGCAAACUCUUUGUCUCCUUCAGUAACAUUUGUACAUUGUGAUGUGAGCAAUGAAGAGGAUAUAGAGAACUUGAUCAGUUCCACCAUUUCUCGAUUCGGCCGGAUUGAUAUCUUCUUCAACAAUGCUGGUGUUCUUGGUAAUCAAUCAAAGAACAAAAGCAUUCUUAACUUUGAUGCUGAGGAAUUCGAUUGUGUUAUGAGAGUGAAUGUUAAAGGAGUUGCACUAGGGAUGAAGCAUGCUGCAAGAGUAAUGGUUCCUAGAGGAACUGGUUGUAUCAUCUCCACUGCUAGUGUUGCAGGGGUCAUGGGAGGACUUGGCCCUCAUGCCUAUACAGCAUCAAAGCAUGCCAUUGUUGGGCUGACCAAGAACACUGCUUGUGAACUUGGUAGGCAUGGAAUUAGGGUUAACUGUAUUUCCCCAUUUGGGGUUGCCACUUCAAUGCUUGUUAAUGGGUGGAGGAAUAAGGUAGUGGAAGAAGAGGAGAAUUGCAUGGACAUAAGGGUUCUUCCUUGUGAGGAAGAAGUGGAGAAGAUGGAGGAGUUUGUGAGAAGCUUAGCCAAUCUCAAGGGACCAAAUUUAAGGCCUAAAGACAUAGCUGAAGCUGCUCUUUUUCUUGCAAGUGAUGAAUCUAAAUAUAUAAGUGGACAUAACCUUGUUGUGGAUGGAGGAGUUACUACCUCAAGAAACUGUGUAGGUUUAUGAAGAUGCUCCAUCAUCAUUCUUGGAAAAAACGAAAGAACUAAAAUAUCCACCAUCAAUAUUUCUUUCCUUA